CUUUGACAAUAAUCUCUUAGGUACAUCUCCAUUUUAUUUGACAGCUGUUUGGCUCUGAAAAAUUUGUACGAGAAAAAAAAAUGUAUGCACUUUCAAGCACACUUAUACGCCCAGCUUUGCGCCAGGGGCUGCAAGUGGCCGCUGCCUCUCGUCAGGUUUCUCUAAAAGUCGUCUCAGUUGGAUCCACAGUAAAAGAUGAGACCUUCUUUGAGAAGAAUGAGCGACUAGGCCGCCAAAUGUCGCCACAUCUGACUAUCUAUAAGCCGCAGCUUACCUCUAUGCUCUCAAUUGCUCAUCGAGGCACAGGUUUGGCUUUAGGUGCCACCGUCUGGGCCCUAGGUUUGGGCGCAUUGAUCGCGUCGCACGACAUAAAUCAUUAUAUUACAAUGAUCGAAGGUCUGCAGUUGAGUGGUGCCACACUAACCGCCAUCAAGUUCAUCAUUGCCUAUCCGGCGGGCUAUCAUACUGCUAAUGGCAUUCGCCAUUUGAUCUGGGAUACAGGAAGUUUUCUCAAAAUUAAGGAGGUCUACUCAACCGGUUACAUAAUGGUCGGUGCCUCGUUCGUGCUCACCGCUAUAUUGGCGUUGCUUUAAGGGCUACCCUGGCGUGAUAGUUGUCGGCAAUGUUAUCAGUUUCCUUAUUAAAUUUUAGUACGAUUGUCAUUGCUUACUUGAGUAAAUACACUGAAAAUAUGUAUUUGUAA